GGCGCACCGAGCCUCACAGAGCUUUGAGUAUUGAUAAGACAACUUGGAAGGAGAGGACCGCAAACUACCGUGCAGAGCUGCGACGUUAUUUCAGACGUUCAGCCUGAGAGCUGGACUGUGGGGUCGCAUCACGGUUACAGAGACGCUGCGAGGAGAGAAAUCAAGUGGAUUAAUUUGGUAUAUUUUAAAGAAAUCGGGACUUUUUUUAUGGAAUAACUGAAACUUUGCUCACUUUCUGUGCGUCCUGGAUAGUUUUGUAUUGUGAGCUUUGAAACUUGGAGAUGUUUUUGGGCAUUUUGUUAAUUUAAUUUAGUGCGCUUUUAGUCGGAAACGCACUUUUGCGCAAGGUGAACUAAAGACUGAAGCGCCUGAAUUAAAACGUGGACGUUUAUUUCUUAUUUUUGUCACGAGGGGGACUUAAAAAGUUGCGUGCCUCUUUCUUCUUCUUCGGAUAUCUCUGCCGGAGAGACAACAGUGUGGACACACCGUCUACGCGCGCGCAGUUCCGCAGGGCGAGCCGCUGUCCCCCCGCGCGCAGUGCUGAGGAGAGACGGACUCUCGCGCUUCCAUAAAUGCCCGGUCCGUCGAGGAGGCUCGAGGCUGGGCAGCAAGAUGAGCUCGUGGGUACAGCUGCUGCUCGCGUUGCUGGCGGCGUGUCUGCGGUUUGGCGUCACCGAGGGGGAGCCUCUGCCUGCAGCCCUGGUGGAGCUGGUUAGAAACAGCCCCAUCUCGUCCAUAGAGGACCUUCAGCUGCUGCUGCUCACUGACUCCGUAGAUGAGGAGGACGCGACUUCUGCAGCCAAUGGAGGUCACAGACUACCAAGGAGCCUCGAUGCCCAGCCAGCUCAGCAUGCUCUGUGUAAAGUUCGUACAGAGGUGGUCGAGGUCACCAGGGCGAUGUUGGACCGCAGCAACGCUAACUUCCUGUUGUGGCCGCCCUGCGUGGAGGUGCAGCGCUGCUCUGGCUGCUGCAACACCAAGAGCCUGCAGUGUGUCCCUCACGUCACACACACCAGAUACUUGCAGGUCAUGAAGAUAGAGUACGUCAACAAAAGACCAACUUACGCCAAAGCAGUGGUGUCUGUGGUUGAUCAUGUGGAGUGCCGAUGUCAGCCCACUCCACGUCCUCCUGUGCCCAAGAAAAAAUCAUCUCGCAGACAGCACAACCACCAGCAUCGAAACCAGACGCUCAGCCAAGGACACGGACAGGUCAAGAUGCACUCAAAGGAUGAACUCCAUCAGUGGGAUGAGCUGAAGCAGAACCAGAGGGCCCACCUGGAGGACCUCCUGGAGCAGCACUGGAGCCCCAGAGGAGACACCUUCACUCAGCCUGGUGAGGGGUACAGUUUGGCUGGGGAGGACACAUCUCGCUCUGGAGAGGCUGUACUGUUUGCUCCACACUGGGCACAUAACGCCACCAGGCUCCUUGGGACUAAAGACCAAACCGAGAAUGCGGCGAAUGUGGAUGGGAGGAAUGGUCAGAUCUCGGAUGGCAACAAGACUGUUUCCUCAGAGGAUAAUGUUGGUGUUGAGGUAAAAAACAAGUUGGUGGAAGGUGAAGAUGGGUUGCUGCUCAACAGUACUGAAGGGAAAGUUAAUGAUGCAAACAGGAGCAGGGACGAAGGCACACAAACACACAGGCCACCAUGGCAAGAAGACAAAACCAAACUUUCAAAGAGCCACACGAGUGGCUCCUCUCACCCUGCUACUCAGAUUCCUCAAGCCGAGUUCAGUCCUACUGAGGCGCCCAGUCAGAGAGUCAUGAGCAGGUUCCGACCAACCAAAGAGCCGAAUCCAGAGCCUCGAGAUCAGGCAAGACGGAGAGACAAUGAGACUCCAGAUGAGGUGAGGAUAUUACAGACAGAGGAGGAGAAACUGGAGCAGGAGAGAAAAGAGCUUCUGCUUCUCCACAAGAGGCUGGACCAAGAGAAGGAGCUACUGAGACAGCAGCAGAUGAAACGUGAAGAGGAGGAAAGGCAGAGAGGAAAGGAAACGGAUAGUCAGCAUCACCAGCAUGGUAAACACCAUCAUCAUCUGCAAACAACCACACAGAAACCAGCAACAACAUCUACGACUACCACACGGCAGCCAUCAGCUCCAGCAGGCCCCAGACCUCCAGCUCGUCCAAAGAAAAGGAGGAGGAAGAAUCGCAAACAAAUCAGCAAGGCAGCUAUGAGAGCGAUGCUAAUGUAAACCUAAAAUAAAGCGAGUGACACAAAGGAACUCGGUGUAUUUCGUGGAUCCAGUUGUGAAGCAGAGUGACUCCCUUCAUAUAAGUAUUUAUUCACUUGUCAGUAACCUGGUCGUCCUGUGAGAUCUCCUCCGUAACACUACUAAUGACUGUCUGGUGAACCUGUAACUACACCUGUGUGGAAUAAGAGGAGGGUAAGAAGAAAAUGGAAUAUAAAUAAAAGGUGGACCUUGUCAAGAGAGUUGCUGGUAUGAAGUAACAAGUCGCAUCCAAAGACUGAUAAGUUGUGUGCGAGCACAGCACCUGUGGGGGACUGAAACUGCAUCGCUGUAGAGCUGUGGAAAAAAAGUGCAAUUUCAAAACUCUUCUUGAAACCUUGUUUUGAUAUCAACAGAGAGAAACUGCACUUAUAUGUUGACAGAAGCGAGUCUAUGUGGGGUUUAAAUGGCAAAGUUUGUUGCUAAAGACUGAACCACAGUCAGACUGGACUACAAAGCGCAUCUGGUGGAAAAAUGGACAUUCAAAUGGACAUAACUCUUUGUGUCACUGAAGAAUCUGUUGUGUUGUAAUUGGAUAAACAUAGAGACAAUCGUCAAUGGACUGCAACAACAAGUAAUGUUGACUUAACUGAGCAGUAUUUCCGUGUUGGAUAGAACUACAUAGUGAAGGUCUCAGUGUUGGGAAGACGAAGCUGUGUAGAUUUACCGUACCAAGGCCUGAUAUCAUUUAUUAGCUUUGUAAAACAGUGGUGGUCUCUCUUUAACCAUAUUUAAUAUUUAACUCAUUGCAAACACUGGAAUUACACAGAUCUGAUUAGAGGACAAAAACAUCAAAUGUUGCAUUUCAAAAUCUCAUCACAGGUGUGAAGAAAAAGGUGCUAUCUGAAGACGAGGUGAUAGCGUUACACCUGUGAGCUGACGUUGUACUAUAUUUCUUAUUUAUUUAUCUCUGCCGUUACUGUGGAUUAACUUUUUAUUCAACUACUGCAAACAAGAUGUGGUCGAGAUAUGUAACGAUGCUUCAUGAUGGCUGGGUGGUUCGAACAGAAAGACAGGUUUUUAAAAGAUCAGAACCUUCUGUGUCCUCCCAGGGUCAUGCUGUGUUUAACCUCUAUGUCAAAUGUGCAUUUGUUUUGUAUGCCAAAGUGUGUGGUGUAGUGUGUGUGUGUGGGCUUGUGCCUGCACCUACACUUCUGUCAUGCAUCUCAAUACUCACGUAGAAGCAUUUAUCUGUUUGUCUCUUUGAUAAAGACACGUCUCCCUUCCACUGAAACAAUCACAUUCCUUCUAAACUCUGUGAGGAAAGGAAAGAAACUCCUACCUACAGUACAACACAUUUUUCUUCAAGUGCCCCCACUGUAUUUGUUUCAUUAAUCUACAACACAUUGUUUUUGACAUUUCAUUUAAGUAAAUCAAAAGUCACUUAAAGAGCCAGCAAGAAUCCAAACAUUGCAAAUGUAGAUAAUGUAUUUGUGUCCCUUGUAUUUCCAUUAGUACAUUUAGAAAUACUGGUGAUGCUAUUUGUGUCCAAUAAUCCAUAAUCAGCCAAACAUCUUAAGUUAUUGAAAAACAUGGCUUGUACAUUCCUCAUGCCAACUUACAACUGUUACUGAUUGUGUCUGUUUUAUUGUAAAAUAUGAUAAGAAACAGAAUGUUUGUGAUAACUUUGCCACCUAAUGCUAUUUUCAUAUGGGUAUAAGAAGCUAAUGUGUUUAAAUCUA